ACUUACUCAAUUUUGCAUGCGAGGUAGGCGCUGUAUUUAAGUACUGCGGUAAGGGCAGAUCCUGCUUUAUCUUCAGUGUCUUCAAUGUAAAAGAUUUGGGAGUCUGAAAAUCAUGAAUGCCAUUAUUCAUUCUGCAGCAAGUCAUAGAGCCAGUUCCAUAGCAGCAAAGAAGUUGGUAUACCCAGCAGCAGAAAGGAACAAGGAUCCGAUCCUUUCGGUACUUCGCCAGUACAUAAGACCUGGACCGGAUCAAAAAUUUCUCGAAAUUUCAUCAGGUUCCGGUCAACAUAUUGCUCACUUUGCACCGCAUUUUCCACAAGUGACAUUUUACCCAUCAGAGUAUGAUCGUCAAUUAUUAGGAAGUAUCGCAAGUUAUGCCAGCGAACUUAACAACAUCGAAGAACCUUUAAGAAUCGAUGUUACCAAAGACUAUCAGACCUGGGGAAAUGGGGUGUUCAAAGAAAAGAGUUUUGAUUAUAUUUACAACGCGAAUAUGAUACACAUUUCACCAUUCCAGUGUACUAUUGGCCUCUUUGAGAACUCAGGGAAAUUAUUGAAAUCAGAUGGUAUUCUUUUUACUUAUGGACCUUACGCAGUGGAUGGCAAGAUUACUCCGGACAGUAACGUUAAAUUUGAUAAAUCUCUGAGGAUGCAGGAUCAUGAAUGGGGUUUGCGAGAUAUUAACGAUUUGAAAAAGUUGGCCAAGGAAAGUGGUUUACAACUAUUGAAUGCUGUUGAUAUGCCAGCUAAUAACAAAACUCUAAUCUGGAAAAAGUAUUGACUCUUAGACAAGCUCCGUUUGUAAUUCCAUGGUUUUGUAUCAUAUAAGUUCUAAGAUGUUUACAAGAUUAAGUUAAACACUAACGCAUAGGUUUUAAUAUUCCCGUAUUUACUUGGUUGGCGAUUUAAAAAGAACUUCACAUUUUAUUAUACCAAAUGGUAAAAAGGUUGUAAAUACUGAGGGGUAUAUUCGCUGUUUUAUGUGAGUAGUACAUAAUAAAAAUUGUAUAACGCCAAAA